CCAUCUUAUCCCACGCCCCCCUCCCCCUUCCCCCAACCCCUUUCUUUUCCGCCAUUUCACUCAAUUUCACUACUUCUCUACACAUUUGCUCUGUAAUUUCUCUCCUGCUCUCUCUAUCUCUCUGAGAAGCCAUGCCCUACGCUGCGAGGCUACUGCCCCAUCCCUUACGUGUCAAUUGGCACGUGCAGCUCUCCUCUCCUUCCCCUAUUGCGGUUUCCCGUUCACCGUUACUCGCUGCCGGUUGGAUCAAAGACCACAACCACCGCUUUCCCUAUAAGCUCUGCCAACUCUCCUGCAGACGGAGUCUUACGUCAGUGCCCAAGUCUUCGCCGGAAAGUGACGGCAUUGUGCCUGCUGACGAUGCCGAAGACGGUGUCUCCUUGGGUACUUUGAAACUGCCUUCUAAUACUGAUCUUCAGCGAUUCGAGACCUUGCUCUUCCAGUGGGCCAACAGUCUUUGCCAAGGAGCUAAUCUGCCACUUCCCGUACCUUUGAAGGUAGACAAAGUACCUGGUGGAACCAGACUGGGUUUUAUUUCAAUCGGCGAUGGAAAGACCGAGGUGCUUGUGUACAUAGAUUGCUUGGUUUAUCCGGCAACUGCUAAUGAUACAGGUCCAAUUUUCCGAGCAAUAAGAAAUGGACCCUUAAAGGAUCAGUCCCCUGGUGAGCCCAGAAUCAUGAGAAGUCUUCUACAAGCCCUACAAAAGUCAGUUGAGAUCGCCAGAGUGUGAAUGAAGUUCCAGAUUUAACCAAAAAUAGUAUAGAUUCUAUUCAAUUAUUUGAAUGCAUCUAUGCAUACUUUGUACUCUGGGAUAUCCUGGUCCUCUGUCUCAUGUCUCUGCUUGCUGACGGAUGGAUCAACCUGAGUUAGAUAUAUAUAGUCUAAACUUGAUACUUUAGCCUAUGUUUGUUCGUUCGCAAGUCUCGUGUAUAAAACUAUGAAGUAAGAUUGGCUACGAGCCUGAGAUUUUAUCCA